AUGGUGCUGGAUAUAAAUUUUUCCCGCUACGACAACACGACACCAUUCGGCUUCAAGCUCGUCGGUGGAGCCGAUUUUGAUGUGCCGCUAACGGUGGUUAAAAUCCUACCCGGAAGCAUCGCCGAGGCGGCCGGCAUGCACAUGGGCGAUGUGGUGGUGCGCAUCAAUGACAUCCCGACUAGCGACAUGUCGUACUACGACGCACACCAGCUGUUGGCCUGCGCCGGCAAUCAGUUCGUGCUCGGUAUCCUAAGGGCACGCGAGGUAACGCCAUCGCAGCGUCUGAUCAAGGAGAAAACGCCAUCGGGCGAGGUGGAGUACAUCAACACCUCGCCGAAGCCAUUCUGGACGCCGAACGUGACGAGCCCCUCGUUUGGUCAAUCUCGGGAGGGCCACGAAGAGCCGGAGGUGCCAGCGGCUCCGAUCACCGACGAGCAGAUCGCCGAGGUGCUAUCGGGUGAAGCCGAAGUGCUGAAGCAGCACAACGUGAUCGGUGUUAACUUCAACAAGAUGAUCCCAACGUCGGGCGUUUUCAAGCAGAGCGAAGUGUUUAAGACGCUCAACAGCGAGCUGGUGCAGAGCGAGGAGGAGGACAAGAAGUGGACCACCUUCUUGCAAAAGCCCCAGCGUCCCCCGCCGAAGACACCGGAUCAGCGGCAGCAGGAGCGCAACCCGCCGACCGAGCGCUACCAGGUACGAAUUGUGAAGCAACCGAAACCGAAAAUAGCCCCCGACUACAAGCCGCCCAAGUCUCCGGAACCCGAGCCGGAACCGGAACCUAUCCCGAUGUACGACGAGUACCUGAACGAGCGACAGGAGGUCGAGGUGGAGACGAUCAAGACUAUCGUCGAGGAGACGACGGUCGCGCCAGGUAACCCCGAGAAUUCCCGCGGUGAAGGUGAUGCCCAGCCGGCCCCGGUCAGUCCAAGCGAGGAGGAACCGUCGGAAGAGUUCCGCGAGCAGCUGCAGAACGUCCAGAAGCAGCUGGAGGCACUAUCCGCGCUACCGAACACGAUCCAGGCCACGAUUGCCGCACUGACCGAGCAGCUGGCCGUCCUGGCGGCUCCAAAACGGAAAUCCAAGAGUGUUUCGCCAAAACCGGAAGAAGGAGCGCCAAAAGAUGGCGAGACCAACGGUGGCGAACCGACCACGGAGGCCAUUGUGCCCGAAGUGUCCGAAACGUUCGAGGUGAGCGAGUUUACCCGGGCGGACAGCAGCGGUGCCGAGCAGUCCUCAUCGGUCGACGAAGGCGAACACAUCCAGUACACGGCGGAAGAGUUCGAGCAGCUAGAGAAAAGGAUGAAGGAACACGAUAUCGAGUGGACCAACCAGAACGAUAAGGAUUCUGAUAGCUCAAGUGUGCAGCAGACAAACGGCGGAGACGUUCGCACCGCCGUCCAGGACGAGCUGAAGCUGCAGGUGGUUAAGAAGAAGAAGAAGGCGGUCAGCGCGUUCGGACCACUGACGCCACAGGAGCGACCGAUCUACCUACCCGGUGGACGCAAGUGGCGCACGGCGAAGGACGCCUUCAACGAGCAGUUCAUCGCGGAGGUGAUCAGCUCGCAGGCGGAACUGAUCCAGGGCACGACACUGGGCCCCUCGUACGAAAGUCCUCAUCUGGGUUACGACGACAGGGUGAACUUCCUCAAGUACCAGAAGCCCGAGAAGGACCUGAGCUUUAUCCGGAACAGCGACGUCUACAAGCUGGUGCACGAUAUGGACCCCCCGAAGAGCGGCAUCGAGCUGCGCCCGGAGAUGGUGGUGGCUGAGGAGGAUGUGCGAAAGGUAAUGAAAGAUGAAACCAUUUUCCAGCCUCGCAAGGCGAAGGUUUUCCUCUACCAAAAUUAA